GAUCUGAUAGUUUGAAAUCUCACCGCCUCUAGAAUUUUCCCCGCAAGUGAGGAGCGCUCGCGUAAAGCUCUUCAGAUUCGUAAAAAUAUCUGAUUUCAAAAUCUUCCGAAAAAGUUUUCGUUUGUUCCUCGAGCGAACUAGAUUUGUAGAUUUUUUUUCGAAUUGUGAUCGGAAAGUGAAGAAGAGAUGGAGGAGUAUCUGCAGUGUAUGAGGACUCUCCGGUCUCAAAUGACUGAUGUGGAGGAUCACGCGGCGAAGGUCUCCGUCGAGGAACAGAUGCAGAUUACCACAAUCGCUACCUUGCAGAAAGAUCUCGAUCAUGCAUUGUCUGAGACAAAGAGACUCAAAGAAGAAACGGAUCAGAAGACGAGGACUAAAGGCGAACUAUGCUCACAGAUACUUGUAAAGCAGAGAAAGAUUUCGUCAUUGGAAUCUGAUUCAGCAAAUCUUGCACAGAGUCUGGAGCUUAUACUACAAGAACGAGACAGUUUAUCUGCAAAGCUUGUAUCCAAACGUUCUAACUAUAUAAAGACUGCAGAGGAAGCUAGAACCAAACUAGAGGAACAUAAGGGCUGGUUUGUUUCCCAUAUGAGUAAUGAAACUGGCCAACAAGGACAGAAAGAAGAAUCAAGGAAAAACCUGAUGGACUUAUCAGAUUCUGCUAGAGCAAAGCUUGAUCAAGCAAACCAAAUGAGAUCCAAACUUAUCCAGGAAAAUUCUAAGAUCAAGCUAUCAAUUGAGAAUGUGAAGAACAAGAUUAAUGAUUUCAAGCCGGAGUUGAUGUUAUUGGAUGUUAAAAUUCUAGAAGAGGAAUACACAGCACUCUUGGCAGAUGAAUCUGGAGAGGCAGAGUAUCUACAUUCGCUGCAGAGUCAGGCUGAGAAACUGAAGGGGAUAUCUUACAUUGCUAAAUGCGGUUGUGGAGAGGAAUACAGUGUUGGUCUGUUUUAGGCUUAAGUCAUGCAUGCAUCAUCACCUUUCAGGUAUAAUGAAUAUGUGAACGCAUCGAGAACCAGAACGAAGUUUUCUUUAUGUGUUGGUUCUUUGAAUCAGUGGUUUACUUGUUUAGUUUUUAGAGACAACUUUAACACUGUCUUGUUGAAGUGUAUAUAAUGUCUCAUCGUUUGCACGAGAAGAGCACUUUUUCCAACA